UUUCGACGAGAAACUGCAAUAUGGGCACACCUUAUCCACGACAAUAUCGUCACACUUUAUGGAACGACAGAGGGAUUCGGGCCAACCACAGCCCUUGUCUCCCAAUGGUUUCCGGAAGGCACGCUGCUCCGUCUGAUCACAGAACAGGGUGCUGCAUUAACCAUUAAGUCCAAAUUGAAGCUGCUUCACGGCAUAGCAUCUGGACUCUACUAUCUUCACUCUUUUCCCAUUGUUCACGGUGACAUUACGAGCUCCAACGUUUUGGUAGAUCUCAAGGACGGAGAAUACAGAGCUUACCUAACGGACUUCGGUUUGUCAAAUGUCCUCUGCGGAUGUUUAAAAGACUACCCAAUUGAAGGAUCAUCUGUUCGGCCUGGUGCAAUCAGGUGGACUGCACCUGAGUUGCUCAGGUCACAUGAUCCCCCUUCCGAUAUCAAACCGACCACGCAGAAUGACAUGUAUUCCUAUGGUCGUGUCAUGUUCCAUGUA